AUGCCGUUUCAUCCUGUGACGGCCGCUUUGAUGUACCGGGGCAUUUAUACCAUCCCCAACAUUUUGGCAGCGGAUCCCAACCCGGUGGAUAUCCCCGAAGACGAAUUGGAAGAGAUCCGUGAGGCCUUCAAAGUCUUUGACCGAGAUGGCAACGGCUUCAUCUCCAAGCAAGAACUCGGCACCGCCAUGAGAUCUCUCGGCUACAUGCCCAAUGAAGUGGAGUUGGAAGUAAUCAUCCAGAGGCUGGAUAUGGAUGGCGAUGGGCAAGUAGACUUUGAAGAGUUUGUGACGUUACUUGGACCCAAACUUUCCACGUCCGGCAUCCCCGAGAAAUUUCAUGGCGCUGAUUUUGACACCGUGUUCUGGAAGUGCGACAUGCAGAAGCUGACGGUGGAUGAGCUGAAGCGGCUGCUGUAUGACACUUUCUGUGAGCACCUCUCCAUGAAGGACAUUGAAAACAUCAUCAUGACGGAGGAGGAAAGUCACAUGGGAAACGCGGAGGAGUGUCCAGUCGACGUGGAAACAUGCUCAAACCAACAGAUCAGGCAGACCUGCGUCCGAAAAAGCCUCAUCUGCGCCUUCGCCAUCGCGUUUAUCAUCAGCGUCAUGCUCAUCGCAGCCAACCAGGUCCUGAGAAGUGGGAUGAAGUAACGUCUGGGGAAGGAACCGACGAUGCCUGGGUUCGUGGGCCGUUUGGAUUUCCUCGAAGAACCCAGGGAAGAAGACGAUAGACCUACCUAUAAGUUCCCUCUAAGCCACCAGGAGCCGUUGGCUGGGAAGGAAACUGUCAUUCCUCCACGACAAAAUGGGUUGCGUACACACACAAACACAAAGUCACCUUCUCCCCCUUUCGCCUCUCUUUGGGGUUUCCACCCACCCAAACUGGAGAGAAAGCUGUCUUCUGAACAGAUAGCGUGGUUUUCCCGAGACAGGGUCCCGCUCGGGCACCUGCAUG